AUGACAGCCAACCAUACAUCAGGGCUUGUCCUGCUGAGCAGAACACUCGCAGACCAUUUCACCACACCAACAGCGUCCACGUUUGCCGCAAGCCGGAACGGCAGCCACGAAUAUGCCUGCGAUGAGGGUGACAUCUUGGACGAUCUUGUCGGGCCGACACAUUCGCGGCCGCGACUACUACGCCCUACCAUACACGACGUGGACGACGAGGAUAGCGUGUCAACCUGCUCCAGCGUCACGGCGGGUGCUGACAAUGACAAGAGUUCUGUCAGCAGCCGCGGUCGCAGCCAGUACAGUGACAUAACCAGCGUCACAAGCAUCAGCGAAAGUGGCAGCGUAGCACCGUCCAAGGCCAUUGGUGGAGGAUUGCCAAGCAACGCUGGUGCCGGCGGCGGCGGUAGAAACGGUCGUCGUCGACGGCGGAGAAACAACCGCGGUCAAUCGUCUGUGGCAGCAUCAGAGGCAGCUUCCGAAACGGCAUACAAGACUGCGUCUGUUGCCGACUCCGUCACCCCAAACGAGCUAAAGAGCAGGAAUAACAAGACACGCAGCGCCAAAACAGCAACGGUGAAGACCAACAGCAGAAACAGAGACGUCAAGAGCGCCAAUCCGGGCAGAGAUUCAUCACCAGGACCUGUUGUACGACGCAGCCGGAAUGCCACCAAUGGUCCCUACUCCCAUGAGGCUGCCUCGACACGAGACAGCAACAACAAGCCGCGUCGGUCUCGCCAUCCACGGCUCAUUAUCGGUCUGGAUCUGGAUGCGGAGAUGGAGCUCAAGUCCAAGGUGCAGGGUGACAUAUGUCUGACGCUCGUGAUGGAAGAAGAGGCCAAGAGAGCUCCCCGCAAGUCGCCGGAACUGCGGCUGAAAAAGACCAACAACGGCCGACUCGUGGCGGAAGAAGACGAUAGAUACGAGGACGCAGAUGACGUCGAGAGUGAGGACGAAAGUGAGCUUGAGGACAGUGUCAAAAUCAAAGGACUUACAGAGAAGACGAAGACGAAGAGCACGGAGAGACAAUCAAAAGAGAGCGCACAAGAGCCAAAGCCGGCCCCGUCGAACACAGACAAUGGUGACAGACAGGCGGGAUCUACUCGCAAAGGCAGGCGGGAGAUCUGUCACAUGCGCAUCGGCCGCUUCAACCUGUCGCGGCGCUGGUGGAUGGACGGCUUCGAGCUGAUAGGACGAGUUCCGCCGCCUGUGAUCGUUUUUACCGUGGCUUCUCUGCCGGUCGUUGGCUUCGCUGCCGGUUGGAUAGCAUCAUCUCAAUGGAACACGGGCUCUAUGGUAUGUGUUUAG